ACUACUUUUCCGUCCUACUUGGAAGGAGGAAAAUUUUAAAAAAACUUAAUGAAAAGAAUCUAUCAAACAUUUUUGAUUAAGUUUAACGAGGCCUUCUACUUUUAAGUAAACUCUGCAGCCCAUGGAAGAUCUCUUAACGCUAAAGAUAAUUCAAGAUCUUUCCUUGUCUGCAGAAAACUAUAAAGAUUUUCAUCAAGUUUAUAAACUUCUUUUUGUUGCUAAAAACUUCCCUUCUUUGUCACGAAACUGUUUGAGUUUAGCUUUGGAAUGCGUAAAACGACAAACACUGGAGCCGCUUCCUAUUGACACUCGGUGGGUUACGAAUACUGAAAGUUAUGUAAAUUCAGAGCUUAUCAAUUUGAAGAAUUCGCUGAAUUUGAGUGUAAAGCAUCUCGAUACAGUUAAACAACAAGAGCUUCAUCACAAAUUAGGCAUUUUUUAUUAUAGCACAGGCGAGUUUAAUUCAGCAAUUCAGCAUUUUAAAUAUUCUCAAAAAUAUACCUUGUCUCUGGAAAAAAAAAUAGAUUUGGAUAUUAAUAUCUUAAACUGUUACGUGGCUAUGAAGUCUUAUAAAUCUGCUGCAAUGUUAUGUAAAAAAGUUAAAUCCAAAAACAGCAAAACGCUUUUUCAAGCACACUUUUUUGAGGCCGUUGAAGGACUCGCAGCACUGACUAUGGGAAACUUUUUGCAUGCUGUGAUUUGCUUUAAAAAUUGUUGUUUUGAAUCUUUGCAAGAACAUCCGCUUCCAAUGCUUUCCAGCUGCGAUAUUGGUCUUUACUUAGGUCUCUGCGCAUUGGCUUCUUAUAAUAGAGAAGAUCUCUUCAAGUUGUUCAACGAUCCGAACUGCCGAGAAUUUAUAGAAUUGGUUUCCCCUGUGAAAGCUUUACUUAACAACUUUUAUCGAGCUUUUUAUAGUUCCUGCGUAGUAGUUUUAAGGGAGCUUCAGAUUGAACUUUCAGCUAAUAUAUAUAUUGCUGAAGUUGCACCGGAACUGCUUUUACGCAUAGAAGAAAAAUUAUUAAUCCAGUACAUCGCUCCUUUUUCUUCUCUUAAUAUUCAUAAUAUGGCAACUGUUUUUCAACUAAGUUAUAAGGAACUCAUAAGUAAAUUAGAAUCACUUAUCUUAAGCGAAAAAGUUGUUGCUGUAAUUGAAAGCAGCGAUUCUACUCUCAUACGUUCAAGCUUAUCUAUAAGCGACAAAUUACUUACAAAGACUCUCAAUCUUUCUGAAAAAUUUAUACAGGAAGCUCAUCAAAUUCUAUUGAAGAUGGCUAUACUUCGAGAAAAUCUCAAAGAUGACACUGCUAAGAAAAGAAAAUUAUAA